AACACCUUCAGGUGAUUAAGCUUUUAAAGCCAGAGAUCCCUAAGCCUACAUACCACCCCUUGAUAUUGCCCAAAUCCCAGUUUCCUGAUUUAGAUGCCAAUACAUUAGAUAUCCUAGAAACUACCUUUUCUUUACUUAACAGUUCCAAUCCUACCCUUGCUGGUGAUUGCUGGCUCUGCAUGACUGCAGGUGCAGUCAUGCCAUUGGCGGUCCCAAUUAAUUAUGCCAUUGGUGAUGACAACACAUGUCAAUCUGGGCUACCCUUUAAGGUGCAGCCUUUAGGUGGUUUUAUGUCAUGCCUUCUGGGCAUGAUGCAGAAUAAUACCUAUGAUGUUGAUGUUGGAGUCUCUUCCUUUGGGAACUGCUCAUUAGUAAAGAAUUACUCCUCACCUACUCCGCCCAUUUGUCCCCCUAAUGGUACAGUUUUUAUGUGUGGUGGAAAUUUAGCUUUUCCCAGGCUCCCAGCAAAUUGGACUGGUGGUUGCGUUCUGGCAUUACUACUUCCUGAUACCACGAUUAUCUCAGGAGAUGAACCCCUACCCAUUCCUAGCCUAGACACCUUAGUUAGAAGACACAAGAGAGCUGUGCAGGCCUUACCACUCCUUGUUGGCCUUGGAAUAACCGCUGCUGUGGGUACAGGCACGGCGGGAUUGGAUAUGGCUAUACAUUCUUACCGCCGCCUAUCUCAACAGCUUAUAGAUGAUGUGCAAACCCUAUCGGGAACCGUUAAAGACUUACAAGACCAGAUAGACUCCCUAGCAGAAGUAGUUCUUCAGAACAGGCCGGGUUUAGACUUGCUUACUGCCAAUCAAGGGGGAAUUUGUUUAGCCCUUGGGGAGAGGUGCUGUUUUUAUGCUAACAAAUCUGGCAUAGUUUGCACAAAAAUUAAACAACUCCAAGAAGACCUAGAAAAAAGGAGGAGGGAAUUAUUUGAGAACCCUCUCUGGACUGGACUUAAUGGAUUUUUGCCUUAUCUUCUUCCCUUAUUGGGGCCAUUGUUAGGCCUCCUUCUAGUAGUGGCAAUAGGACCCUGCAUUGUAAAUAAGAUAGUACAAUUCAUUAAGGAUCAAAUUAAUAUCGUAGCCUCUAAGCCGAUACAGGUUCACUGUCAACGCUUGAAGAUGGAUGAUCGCCCCUCUGAGAUAUACUUCAGACUUAUCCGAAGAUGAGUGUCCUCCUUAAAAGAAGAACUCCUGCCAUAUCUUUUCUCUAUGCAUACCUCUCCCUCUUGCCUUCCUGUACUAGGAUCUUUGCUGUCUAAUCUCUUGGUCCAAUCACAUCUGCCAUUCGGCGGUGACGGUCGUGGGUCCCGUAGGUGGAGACGGUUAAGCGUUCACCACAAUAAUGUCUUGAUAGGUCAUAACACCUUGAGCUGAUCUUGUAGUACCCAGUGACGGGCAACUUUCACGCUUGCUGUGCAAACUAAGCCAGGGAAUCGGGGCCUUCCCAGAGACGGGUAAGCAUCGCAAGGGCUGUGAAUGACCUAAGACCGGGGCUACUUGACUCCCACUGGCAUGCAAAAAACAAAAGAGGGGGACUUGUUGGCAGCAGGUCCACCCUGGGCCCUGGAGCCCAACCUCCACUAGUUUGUUCUGCAUGCCAGUGUGGCCAGCUCACAAGGCCAUGGCGAACUUGCGGUUUUUCUGUUCCUGCUUAUCCGUCUGAGACAUAUGUGUCCCACGGGAAUGCCUUGACAUUUUCUGGUCUGAUGGAUUUCUUGUUAAGGGAGGUUUCGGUACCUGACAAUAACAGAUGUUGAAACUAAAUUUCUCCCCCCUCCCUCCUGCUUUUGGGUAGUUUUCCACUUCUGCUGCUUGGGGUAU